AUGGCAUCUAACAUACCUGGAAUCGACGCUGCGGACCUUCGCCGUUAUAUCAACCUCGAUCUGCCUAUCGGGAAUCCUGCCCCCGUCUUCCCCGCUGUCCCUCCCCUUCCCGCUGCCCCUGCCCAUUUACCCGCUCUCCCUGUUCGCAUUCUCCCAGCUGGUAGUAAUGCCCCAGCUGUAGUUGCUACCCCUGUUGAAGAGCAACCAGUCCCUUCGUGGCCAGGGAACCCUAAGGCCAUAACUGGUAGUCACCAACCUUUGACUAUCUGGCCGGGAACCAGCAACAAAGAUCCCUCCCUGAACUACGUGCAGGGCAAAUACGUUUUUGUUCCUGGAGAGGUCGAUGUUGUUGGUUCCCGCGCUUGGCUGCUCAGGGCCCACCCAGGAGCCCGUGAGGGGCUCAAUGCCUGGUUUUUGGCUGGUUUGUUAGGACGGAACGGUUGGACCAACAACAGGGUCAUUGUUGACGCAUACACAAGAAUGUAUGAACCGUGUGCCAAGAAGUUUGGCGUACUAGUGGUAGGAAGCGACGAGUAUGUCAAGCAGUGGGAGAGUACGGAGGCUCUUAUCCGCCAGACUAUGUCCAAGAUUCAAUACAAUGACUUGUUCAUCAAGAAGGGUGAUGCAAACAUUGUUGGGGAUGAGGCGAGGCAGGGUGAGUGUCUUUGGCGUCUUAGACAGCCUUGGGACCCCCCUAAGCCAGACUCAAAGAAGGGCAAGAGGGGCCCUAGAUCGCAUCGAGAUGGCGACGGGAAUGGUCCCGCUGGUGACCCAAAUUCCGCUCACGAAAAGCGCGAUGGUGGCCCAGAAGACCAACCCGCCGCCAAGAAGCGUUAG